AUGUCUCGAAGGACCAUUUUGAUCCAGCAAUGCGAAGAGCGGCAAAGUGUAGCAAAAACGGCCAAGGCCAAAGCUGAUUCAAUAAAAUGUCAAUUUUCCGCAGCUGCUGUCAAGGGUAAAAAAGAGGCUGUUUUCCGAAAAACCGCCAAGGCUGGCCACAACAAGUCAAAGGCUGUCGUCAAUCGAAAGGUCGAUGCAACUCUAAGGAAGAAGCAUGCUCCCGUAGCUCGUGCACCAACAACUCAAGAUUCUGGUAUUGACCCUCCUGAUCGAUUAUCUUUGUCUAGAAGAGCCCCGUAUCAGUGUGCAGAGAAGGCCGGGACAGGUCCAUUUUCUUUCAACAUUGCUUGUCUAUCAAAGAAAACAAUCGCUAGUGAGGCCUCCCUUCUCUUGCUACUGCAUAGGAAUCACGUAAAGUUACUCAUUCAGAAACAUCUUCCAAACACACAAUUACUGGAGAGGGAGUUGCAAAGGCUUCGUUUUUGCCACGCAAACAAGCUGAAAUCGAUAGUGAUCUCAACUGGCACUCAGGUAUCGGAUGAUCAAAUUCUGGACCAGUUUAAGCAAGUCGAGAGGGAGGUUGCACAAUGUGAAUCAUAUCCUGAAACAACCCUACCCACACGCGCAGAGUACAAACAAAUUGCUUCAACUGUCGCUACGAAAAAAAAUGCCAGACUACAGCAUGCCACCUCAUCUCUUCAGGGUUCUAAUAACCCCUGCAUACCAAGGGGAGAAUUUGACAGGACAGUGAACACGUCUUCCAAUGACAAUCGUCUAGUCACCAACAAUGUGAACCAAGUACCUUCUGGCUUGGCCUCGGACUACCAACGAAGAUUUGAGUGGCCGGGACAACCAUUUCUUAAUACGUUCCAACCCCAACCAUGUCAAAUACCUGAACAGAGGUCUACAUCCAAAUAUGAGAUGGUAGGUUCUCCUUCAAAGCGUAUUAUUGCAAGCACUAGCGAACAAAAUCGUUUCGGAUACCACGCAGCCCCAAUGCAAAAUAUGGAUCACACUCUAACAAACAUGCAAUACAACGUAAUGCCCCAAUUCGAAAAGGGCUCGAGGAACUCACAAACAACUCAGCAAUUGAACAAUAGCCGGUCUUCGGUGUCACAUUACUCCUCUCCUUCCCAGCAUUCUUUCCGAAAUCCGGUACAAUCACCCACACAUGCAUCUUUCAAUGAAUCGCGUGUUGAAUACCAUCCCUUACAAAAGCAGCACGUCCAGCAGUCAUUCCCUUCACAUAAUUGUCAUUUCGCCUCGUUUCAGCAACAGCAGGGUCAGCAAUUUGAACUGCCGGCCAAGUUUAAUUGGAUGAGUUAUUCGACGCAACCUACGCAAGUUUCCGUGCAUCAAUCAGGGACACCGCCGCUGCACCAGUCGAUGACGCACUCUCAAUACGGAUAUUUACAAGCAAAUCAAAAUCAGCCGAUCACUCACAAAGAAAUGAUGCAGCAAAGUCCGGCUGUGUCCUCAAAUGCGUAUCUUUUGCAGAAUCAGCAAAUGACUUGUGCAGCCGGCGUCGCACAGGGACCUGAACAUGAUGCUGCAGCCUUGUCUCAUCCUGGUUACCUUGAUCCUACGCCAAUAGAGCAAAUGAACAAGCAGAUGGCAUCAUUCUUUUGCUGGCCAAAUUCUUAG